AUGUGCGGGGGUAAGAGGCCCUCACCUGACGUGUCCGGGCCUUUCCUCAGGGCCACCCCAUCUCCUCCCUCUGUGCACCUGUCUCCAGGACCCCAAGACCACUGCAUUCAGGAGAACGUCCUUCCCAGUGUGGGCUCUCAAGAUUGCCAGUGCUGGGUUUGUGCUGAGCUGGAUUUGCAGCUGCAGGGAUUGGCCCCAGCCUCUCGGGUUGACACCUCCUGGGAGCUGUCUCCCACUGUUGGCCACUUGUUCCUGGGCCUAGUGCAAGAGAAGCCAGAGCCCGUGCCGCUGGAGAGCCGCUCCUGUGUCCUUAUCCGCCGUGAUCUUGUGGCCCUGCCUGCCAGCCUCAUCAGCCAGAUUGGUUACCGCUGCCACCCCAAACUGUAUUCAGAGGGCGACCCCGGGGAGAAGCUGGAGCUUGUGGCAGGCUCUGGGGUCUACAUCACACGUGGCCAGCUCAUGAACUGUCACCUCUGCGCAGGGGUGAAACACAAGGUGUUGCUUCGGAGGCUCCUGGCCACCUUCUUUGACAGGAACACGCUGGCCAACAGUUGUGGCACAGGCAUCCGCUCGUCCACCAGUGACCCAAGCCGCAAGCCACUGGAUAGCCGAGUCCUGAAUGCCGUGAAAUUGUAUUGUCAGAACUUCGCCCCCAGCUUCAAGGAGAGUGAGAUGAACGUGAUUGCUGCAGACAUGUGCACCAAUGCCCGCCGCGUCCGCAAGCGCUGGCUGCCCAAGAUCAAGUCCAUGCUGCCGGAGGGCGUGGAGAUGUACCGCACGGUCAUGGGCGCCUCGGCUGCCAGCCUGCCCCUCGACGCCGAGUUCCCACCCGCCGCUGCUCAGGCGUUCGAGCAGCGUCUCUAUGCUGAGCGUCGGAGUGAUGCUGCCACCAUCGUGGCUCUGAGAACUGAUUCCGUGAAUGUGGAUCUGAGCACAGCGACCAACUCCACCUUCGAGGCCAGCGAGGAGGCAGAUGGGGCUGGCUCUGUCAUCCAGGAGGUGGCUGCCCCCGAGCCUCUGCCUGCCGACAGCCAGAGUCCCCCGCAGCCCUUUGAGCAGGGCAGUGCCAGCUCCAGCAGGCCCCAGACGCCAGCGGCUGCAGUGACAAGAAGGCCAGAGGGCUCGUAUACAGGGACUUUGUAAGGAGCCUGGUGGCUCACUCGCUGGGACAGUCCUAAAGCUGCUUGCAUGCAUUACUAAUACAGACCAAUGUGAUCAAGCCACUCACCUACUGAACUGCUACGCUGCCUGACAAAAAUGUGAUUUUUAUUCUGCCUGUAUUUAAAACGGAUGAAGGAAACAAAUGCAUUCAUUAUACUGUAAACAGUUAGGCCGCUGGUCACCCACUGGGAGAAGGGUCCCAGGGCUCCUUUGUGAUAUUCCCCAGGUCAGCCUCCCAUUGUGGCUUCCGCUCCCCAUUCUUGGGGAGGGGUUUGAGGCUGCCAGGCCCCUGGUACCCAGCCCUGCUCCUGCCGCACCUGCCCUUCUUAUUCUGCCUGCCCCGGAAUAGGAAGUUGGGGGCCAGCAGAGGCUUGUGGUUGGCAGGGGAAGGCAUGUGACACUCCAUUUCUUGCCCACCGGGGCCUCUCUGGGGCAUUGGGGCAGUGCUGGGCCCUCAGGGGCCAAAUUCCUCAUUUUCUUUCUUCCUGGGAUGCCACUUGUGUGUGUGUGUGCGUGCGUGCGUGUGUGCGAGUGUGUGUGCAAAGACCAGUGACAAUGCCACAUCCAUGACUGUUACUGGUCACCUGAUGGGGGAGAUACCUUGUUCUCCUGCCAUAUCCAUGUCCUCGCUCUGCCCUACUGCCCCCAGCCCACCUGGAGCACCAGGAGCUGGCCUGCUGAACCCUAGGGCACCUCUGGCACUGACCUGACUUCCCACUAUCCCACUGGGUGGGGACACCACCCUGUGCCCACUGUGGGACAUGUGCAGUUCCUGCUGCCCUCGCAGCCCUCUGCCUCCCCAACCACUCUGGGAUUGUGCUUGUUUGGUAUUUUUGUUUAGUUCAGAUCUAUUUCAUCCGUGGUUUGGAAACUUUCAGACCCAAUAGAGCAGAAAACUGGGGAGGGGCAGCUUCCCUGUGGGCCACCUACCAUAGAUUUGGGUGAGUGCAUACCCAUGUCCUCUACCCUGGCCAGGGUCCACGUGCCUCAUGUUGGAGUCAGGGGUCCCAUGGAAGCUCACCCAGGAUGCAUGGAACCCAAGCUCACAGGGCUUGGGUGCUCUUCUGGGCAGGACACAGCCACCUGGACUGGGCUGGGCCAGGGUGCAGUGGCCCCUCCACCCUGGGCUUCUCACUCAUGCUAUGAGGACCUCGGUGGAUGCCCAGGCCUAGGCUGGAGCAGUUUGCAGGAAUGGAGCCCAGUGGGGACCAGCGGGUCAGGAAAGCAUGGUGGGGGGGGGCGGGGCAGCAAGGAGGGCUGAUAGAGGACGGGCUGGUCGGUUUGAGGCUAGAGGGCUAACUUUGAAGUGAUGUUUCUAAGUUUGUUCAAAGGGAUUGUGGGAAGUGCCCCUGGAGCCACUUGCCCAGUGUCUCUUCCUUGGCUCUUGUCCAGGACUACCUGCCUGCAGAGCCAGGCAGCUCCUGGGUGUGACCAGGGACCCCUAUUCCAAGACUUAAAGGGUGUGUUGCUCCCCUAUCCCUCCUUCCAUCCUGAGACCCAAACCCCUCUCCUGUGUGCACACAGCUGGGCAGGCUAUCCUCAGCUGGAGAGCCAAGUGCUAGUAGGUCUGAUAUGAGCCUAGGGUGUAGGUUAGACACCCUGCCACUGGGCUCCCCAGUGCUUCUGGCACUGUCCUCUCUUAUGGAGAAGUUUUGGGGAGACCUCACAGGAGGCUCCCUUCCCACACUGCAUCCAGCUAUAGAAUGUGCCUGCCUUCCAGAAAGAUCCAGUGGAUUUGGAGAGGGGAAGGAGAACCAUGUGUGGGGCACCUCACAGCUGGCCUUGUCCCCUCCACCUGCCCCUCAAAGCCCAAAUCCAGGGAGACCUGACUUCCCUGGGCCACAGGCAGCCAGUACAGAGGGCUUAACGGCUUCUGCCCAGAUCUAGAACCACCUGGCCAGAAGUGAGCUUCUCAUUGCUCCCAUCCCUAUCUUGGGCCCAGGUGGGUUGGAGUCCCAGGGGGCUCUUCAGUGACCUGAACCAAACCUUCCUGGUGCUGGGAGGAGGCCGGGGAGCAGUGGAGGGGUGAUGUCAUGCUGCACCCCAGGCCCCUCUGGAGUUUUCUUCAUCUGCUUUCCUCCCCACCCCCCAAAUUUGCACUUUAAUUUGACCAUCCCUGGGGACCUUUGGGAGAUAGACCCACCUGUCCUGACUGUAGACAGAAGGGCUUGCUCUCCCCACUCUCCUCUAAAGCCAGCAUGGCCCCCCUGCCCUGGACCAGCACAGGGAGGGUACCAUUGGCCCCUGGAGGAGACAGUGGCCGCACAGACGCCUGACCGCUGCUCAGGCUAGCACAAUGUCCCACGACCUCUGACCCUUAAUUGUUUAUAAUCGCCAUCUGUUUUGUUGUUCUGGGUAAGGAAGGCAAGAGCUAUAGACAAAACUUAAUAAUUAUUCAAUGUGAAUGGAUUCUGAGCUCCCCCUGCGCCCCGGGCGGGCCAGGCCGAGCGUUUUGCACUAAUGUGUCCCGCAGUGAACAAGGUUGGGAACGUGUAUGGCAGAUGACUGUACCUGCUGGGGGGGGGGGUGCUCCCUCUGCAUCCUGAAUUCCUGAAUGUACCGGGGUGGCGGGCCUGGGCUCGGAGGGGCCUUCCAGAGUGCCUUAGCAUCUUUUGAUCAUUUUUCCCAAGGAAAACCAAUUAAGAAAACCGGACCCUCCCCCUCCUUUGUUUACAAGUGACUAAUUCCAGAAUCGGGGCUGUCUUGUCCUGCCAGCGCGACCCUGACUCAUCCAGACCCUGUAAACGACAGACGAGCCACUCAGUAUUUAUGAGAUGUCUGCACCUUUAUUCCUAAGCUUGACUACUAGCAAUACGCGUGUACUAUAUAGAGUCUAUUAUAGAGCUAAGUUAUAUCAGCGCCUUUCCCAGGAGGACAGUUGGGACUGGACCGCGUUGGAGCUGCUGAGGCGGGUGGCCGGCCUGGGGUCCAGCCGCCACUCCCACCCUCCCAUACCCUUCCAGAGAGGAUGGCCCCCAAGGCAGCUGGGACGAGUGCAAAAGGUCCAGAGGAAGGGACCAGAGACAGAACAGAUACUGUGAGCUUGGAGGGGCCACCAGCUUGUCUGGCGGCCUGAGUACUUGAAUUCUGUCUUGUUUUCGGCACCGGGUCCGCUCACCCGAGUUCUCUGUGGUUGCUUAAGUUUGCAUCUGAUUUGGUGUCUUGCUUUGCCCCUGAAUGUGGAUGCAGCUGUGUAUGUGAGGCAGGUGGGGAGAGAGACCUCCGAAGUGUCUGUGUGGGGCGACUGCUGGGCAGGCCAACAGGGAACACUGGCUUGUGUGUAGAGCUGAGAGGAGGGCAGUCAGCAACAGGGCCUGUCCUCUCCCAGUGGACAUGGGUGUGCCUGGUGCUGACCCGGUUCAAUAGUUGGAACUUUCUAGACCCAAUGCCACCCUAGCCCCACCAUGCCCUGGUCAUGCCCGGCUUGGGUUCCCUUUGGAUGGUGUUUCUUGUGGAAGUAUUUUUGCUGAAGUAGGGAGGGCCUGUGGCCCAAUAGCCAACUGAAAACUCAGAGGGAAGCUGUUUGUCUCUGCCGGUGGUGAACCCUGUAUUCGACCGGAGAGCUCGGAGUGUCUGAGUUGUAACUGCUGCUCUGGAACGUGCUGCUGCCGUGAUUCCUCGUAUCAUCAGCCAGCCGGCUCGGCUCGGCUCAGCGAGGGAACAUGAGGGCCUGGUGCAAGGUGUUUCUGAAAUGGCAAAGGUGAUUUGCUUGUUUGUUUGUUUUGUUUUCUUGAAAAAGAAAAGGAAAAUUCUGCAGAAUCUAAAGCAUUCAGAUUGGACAACCUGCUUGUGUUCUGAUCAGUCUCUCCAUUGUUAGCGUUUUGCACUCGAUUGUGAUCUUUAUGUCAAAAGAAGCCAAAACUUGCAAUACUAUUUUUAGCAGACAAAAAAAAAAAAAAAGAACUAAGUAUAAAAUGUAUAAAUAUUUUUGACUUGAACAUUUGGGUGGCAUUGGGCACAAAUAGAACAUUCAUCCCUUCGACAGGGUGUUUGGAGAAAAGAGACUUAAAAAGAGAUGGUUGUUUUAAAGGAUCUGUCUGGGGUUAAAGCAGUACUGUAACUCGUGACUGUUAAAAUAAGUUAUGUUCCUGUGCUCUGAAGGGAGGGCUUCACAGAACCACUGAGUUAGAUUCAGCCGUGCAAAUGCUGGCUUUUGAGGGUUUUGUUGUUGUUGUUUUUGUUUUUUUUUAGGAGGAGGAAGCCUUGUUUUAUCCUUCCUGUGUCCUCCUCUCUUCCUCCCUGUGCUGUGAUGUCCUGUAGAGACAAGACUGUUACUUUGUAGCCAUGGCUGACAACAUUGUAUCAAUAACUAAAAACAGCAGCAAAGUCCUCAAGCACCAGGGAAACCCAAGGGCUUUGAGCGAGCAUGCUCAGAGCUGUUUCAGAAGGUGCAAGUCCACGACAAACAAAAGGCUGUCGUCAUUAAUUGUAAAGCGCUUUGUAA